AUGAGCGAGAAGUUAGAACCAGACCCUCCAAUGAAGGCCUUUGUGAAAGGACCGCUUGACGGCUACAUGGGCAUCGUCGUCCUCGUAAAUUUGAUUUUCAUGAUUCUGGAGACGCAAUGGACUGCCGCAAAUGCGGACAGUAUGCUCAAUGUUGGACCACCGCCAGAAUGGGGCAUUGGUGAAACAUUCUUCCAGGUUGCUGAAUACGUUUUCUUUUCUACUUAUGCCAUUGAUGUGCUCGUUCGGAUUAUCAUAUUGCGAUCUGAAUGGUACUAUGACAAGAGGGAAGGCAUAAUGUUUCUGAAUGUUUUUGAUGCAUGCGUCGUAGCUGUGAACGCGGUUGAGCUGCUGCUUCUACCGCUGCUAGUGCUUGGAAGCGACCCGGAUCAAGUGAACAGCAUUCGGGUCAUCAAGCUUUUUCGCAUUGCGCGUACUUUGCGUAUUGUGAAGACAGGUGUAGUGAUGGACCCAGGCACCGAAGAGAGCACUCGUAUCGAAGUCAACCGCUUGUAUGGUAGCUUUCUAAAAGCUCUGUACACGAUGUUUGAGAUAACGCACAGUGGCAGUUGGCCAGCUGUUGUGAGACCUAUCGUGGAACAGGUUGAUGCAUGGUAUGCCGUCCUUUUUCUCGCAUACAUCACACUGGUGGUGUUUGCAGUUAUUAGAAUAGUGACGGCUCUUUUCUUGAAGGAGACACUAGCAAGUGCAGCAAAUGACGCCGACAUGGUGAUGGAAGACAAUCGACGCUCUGCAGUCGAAGCAAACAUGAAGUUGCAAGAACUUUUUCAUGCAGCUGAUGAUGACGGAGAUGGGCACCUUUCGCCUGACGAAUUUGUCCAAGCCCUUACCCUUCCCAGUGUGCAAGGGUUUUUGCAGUCAAUGGAGGUAAACAUUAGAGAUACCGGACCUCUUUUCGAGAUUUUGGAUGAUGGUGAUGGCCGCAUCACAAUCGCCGAGUUUUGCAAAGGGCUAAUGCAGCUCAAGGGGCAGGCCCGAGCUUUGGACAUCAUUGUGCUGCAGCAUGAGCUGGCCAAGCUCUUUCGCGAAUGUAAAGAAAUCCAUCAAGAUCUUCGACGGACUCUCACCCCUCUUUCUUCUCCGAAACGCACCUCCUAA